GUUCUUCGGAACCUCAUCUAUGGAGCUGGCGGGAACUAUGAGCUAUCCUUCUUCGUCGUUCGUUCCACACAGGCAGCAAUUCCUCGUCCGAAGUUACUGCACUGUAUCUUCUAAACUCUCGUCGAAUUUCGAACCCGUUCGAUCAAACAAUCGUGAAAUUUCUCUGCCCACCAUGUCCGACAUCGCGAACGCAUCCAAGUCCCAAAAUCUGGACCUGCAGCUGCAGACGCUGGGUCCCUUUUUCCGAAUCACCGCCAGGAGCUCGCAGACCCAGCUGGAGCUUGGGAAGGCGGAGGGCGUGAUUAGGGUUUGGUUUGGGGGAAAAAUCCUGCAUCUCGAUUCCAUGCGACUACGGCGGGAGACGAUUGAGAUGCGGAAAUCGAUUUUCGGAAUUGGAUUGUUCGUCGGCGCUGCGGCGAUUAGGCAUGGAUACGAUUGCGGUUGCCGGAAAGCGGAGCUGCUUGCCAUUAACGACACUGAUAUCUACCAUUCCAAGCUUGUGAGGUUUUACAAGAGGCUAGGGUUCAAUCCUGUGUAUGAAGUGACUGGUUCAUCCCUUGCUGAUUUAACGCAUAUGCUGGUUUGGGGAGGUGUGGGGACUCGUAUGGAUGCUGAUCUUCAACACCUCAUGAUCAAAUGGUGCUCCAGAUUCAAGCCCAAAACACAAUCUGAGACUCAAAUUGAAUGAAUAAAUGUAUGCAUGAUGUCUGAUUGCAAAGAAAUUUUGGAGAAUUUCGUUACAAACGAGCAUCUAAUUCAAUGGCAUAUUCUUCUUGCCUGCUUACGUCGAUUGUUUUCAGCACCAAAGCUUAAGGGUUUAGCUCAUUUGAUCAAUGAAUUCACCCAAAUAAGUAUGUGAUCCUGCACAGUAGUUGCUGUAAAUGUAAAUGACGUAAAAGAUUUUCUUCCUCGGACGAUCCAUUCAAUUGGACCUUCAAGAACUCUGUGUAUCAGAUUCAAAGUUCUACCAUUCUUGGCGCGAUAAAGCACCAAGCUAAGACCUGAAUUCUGAAUGAAGGAAAAUAGCGACCGAUGUUGGGCGUAAUGGGAGAACCUUUGGCCGCAGGACUGGAAAUGGCUACCCCAAAGAACGAUAAACAUUGGAUUUCUAAAGUUGAAGCUCUCCUCGCCCUCGAUCGCCAAUUUCCUCACCCCGGACAGGAUCGUGAUCGUACCAGAAUCCGGUGGCCUAAACGAUCCUCGCAAAAGCUCGAAGUUGGGAAAUCGAAUUCCUAAACCCAAAUACUCAUGCGAGAAUCUAUCCAUCGAUUCUCAUGCGCGUGAUUUCUUGUUGCGAUGUUUGGGUUCGGACCGCUGUUUUCUUGUUGCAGUUGCUAGGUUGAGCAGUAUCACUCAAUUCGGAGUUAUUACUGCAUUAGUCUGAUUGUUCUGAUUAACUGCAAUGGAUAAGUUACUGGACGAUUUGUUUGCUAAAAGGGCUUCCGUAAGAGAGGGAGCUUUAUCUUCUAUCGUCGAUGGGCUCAAGCUCAAUUGCCGGCGUCAAUUCGCUGAGAAAAAUUUUGCAACUUUGCUUUACUGCUGCCUAAAUUCAUUCAAAAAGGGUUCAUCUAUAGAGAUUGUCUUAGCUUCCCGUGCCCUUGGACUGUUAGCCAUCACUAUAGGUUGUGGGGAUAAUGCUAAUGAACUCUACAUGGAGACGCUUCCUGUAAUCUCCCAAGCCUUAAAAUCCAAAUCCGAAGCAGUGUUGUUAUCUGUGAUUGAAUGUCUAGCAGUUGUCACUUUUGUUGGAGCCGAUAGUUUUGAGCAAACAGAAGCUUCCAUGAAGAUAAUAUGGGACUUCAUUUACUCCGAUCCAAGUGAAACAGUUGUAGCAAAGGAACAUUCAGCACCGGUCCUCUCUGCUACUAUUUUGUCUUGGUCACUUCUUCUCACAACUGUCAAUGGAUGGAACCUUAGUCACCAUAGUUGGAAAGGUGCAAAUUCUUAUUUCCUUGAUCUACUAGAAGUAGAUGAUCAACAUGUAAGCAUGGCAGCUUGUGAAGCUAUUGCUUUGAUAUGUGAAGUGGGAUCCCUCGAGAAAUUCGCUAGUGAUACCACAAUCGAUAUAGAUGGUUCAUCUAAGAAAGGAAAGAGCAUGUCGAACCAAGAGUUAACUGCACAAGAAUUGCAAGAAAUUGUAUCUAAUCGUGCCCAGGUACUUUUGAGGCAAGAUUCACUUCAUAGCGCAGCUACUAAAGCCGUGAAUGGAUGGAAUAACAUUUCCAAGGAUGUUUUGGAAAUUCUAAAGGAUGGUUAUUUUUGUGAAACUACUUUGAAGAUUGGUAAACACACUUUGCAAUUACAUUCACUUUCCCAGUUAUUGCAGGUUGAUUUUGUCAAACGAUUUCUGGGACGAGGAUUUGUACCACACAUGCUGGAAAAUGAAUUUCUUCAUGAUGUCUUCAACUUCACUCCAAGAAUGCAAAUUUCUGGGGAUGACCUCUACAGUUCUGAACGAGAAGAGGUUGUUGUCCAUCUUUUUGUUCCAGAAUCCAAGCAAAAUGAUGGCGAGGAGAACGAAGUGAGGACUCAUUCUCCAACCCGAUCUGCCAUCCGCAAAGCCAAGACUCAGUUAUUAAAGAAGCAGCGCGCACUGAAAGUAGCACGCGACUCUCCCCCACAUUAAUCUGCGGCGGAUACAUCCAGAAUUUUAAAUAUGACUCUGUCCCGACGAAAAAAUGCAGAUCUAUAUAGCAGAUUUGUUUGGCAAUGAAAUGAGAGUAGUACUAACACUGUAACACAGACUAGAUUAGUGCCUAUGAAGGGAAGAACUUCCUUGCAAUGUUGGGGAAGAAAAAUAUGUGAUUGUGAAGUGGAGGUUGUAGAGAUCUUUUCUUAACAGGUGACUCUGCUUUGGUUGGUAGGUACAAAAAUAACAAACAGUUGAGAGUUUUCUUGUUCUUGAAGAUUAGUAAAGAGAGAUAUAUAUAUAUAUAUAUACACAUGCAGAAAACAUCAACUUGUGGUUUUGAUUGUACUUUACUCAUACUUCACCAAUAUUAUUGGAAAAUAGACCUCAA